GACCCGGUUUUUAUAAACCAGAAUUAAAAUUCUGGUUAAUUAUUUAUUUGGGUUAAACAAGCUUAAAUCAUUAAUCAUCAAUGGUUUAGUAAACCGGGUAUACUUAUAUAUUAAUUAUAAGUAUUACUUUCUUCUUAAAACCUAAAAUAAAAAGAGAAGCAGCGCAGCCAUUCUUCAUCACCAGCAUCUCUGGCCAUCUCCACGUUCUUCUCUCUCUUAGCGGGUUCAACGAUCAUAAUUUACCUUCAUCUUCCUGGAGAGUUGUUCUGCAUAACACAUCUGAGACCAGUAUUGAGGAAAUUCGGGAAUGGAUUAUCAAAUCAUGGAAUUUUGAUGCCAAACUUUCGUGAACGAAUCCACAAACAGUCAACUUCAUCAACGUUUUCCCGUUUAUCCAGACUGACCUAGAAAACGAGCGAGAUACCAUUGGAAAGGUCUCGUUCUCAGCUUUCCGAAUCAUCUUUUAGAUCGUCAAACCGAGUUGACCGCAUCUUCCGUUGUUCAUCUCGGUCAGUGGCUAAGGUGAGACCGACGAGUAUGAGAUUGAUCGGACAACUGGUGUUUCUAGGCGUUUUCAUUUGUUUUAUUCUCAGACUUAUAUUUUAUUAUUUCUGGCGAUUAUUUCAGUACUUCAGUUACGGAGAUUUUAUGAUUAUUUAUUAUUAUUAUUUUUAUUAUUUAAUUUGGAGAAUGCGGGUGUGACAAUUUGGUAUCAGAGCACGGAUGUGUCUCGGCCCUGACCCGGGACGCCGGUUAGGGGACCUGAUUUUCAAAGAUAUAAAAUGUUUUCAAUGAUUUUUAAAACUUAGAAGCACCAUUAUGUUCGACAUUGUUCCGUCAAUCGUUAAUGAUUUGGUUUAUGAGAAAGUUGACUGUUUUGCCAUCUUCUAUUUCAGAUGCCGCCAAAGAGAGGAACUAAGCGUACUCGCACCGUGAGAGCCAGAGUUGAUGCUCGCGAGGUUGUUGAUGAUCAGGCUCCACCAGUGGAUGUUCAGACAGAAGGUGUCCCGCCAGUAGCUCCACCGAUUGAUCAGGCUGCACUCAUGCAGAUGGUUCAGGCAGCAGCUACGCAAGCUGCUCAGGCUGCCAUUCAGCAGGUUACCCAGGAAGCAGCUCGGGUUGCUGCACAGGAAGCUACUCGAGUAGCCGCACAAGAAGUUACCCGUCAGUUGGCUGCUGCUCAGAUUCCAGCACCACAGAUUCCUCAGGUCCCAGUGCACCAGAUUCCAGGCCAGCAGAUUCUGCCACCUCCACUGCCAUUACCACAGGUUUAUCCAGUUCAUGAUGAGAGGUUUUACCGGCUCACAAGUAUGAUGAAGAACAUGGGUAUGGAGCAUUUUGUAGGAACAUUGGACCCUACAGCCGCUUAUGAUUGGAAGCUGAGUCUACAACGGAAGUUGGAGAAUAUUGACUGCCCCCCAGAGUUUAAGCUUAGAUUGGCUAUGCAGUACUUGCGUGGAGAUGCAUUGGUAUGGUGGGAGGGAGUGCGAUUAAACCGUGGGCCUGACAUUCUCACUUUUGCAGAUUUUAUUGAGGAGUUUGAUAGGAAGUAUUUUCCAAAAGAAGCUAUGGAUAGAAAGAAGAGGGACUUCGAGCAUGUGAGCCAGAGGGACUUGUCGAUCAAGCAGUAUGAGGUUAAGUUCAACCAGCUUCGCAGGUUUGUUGGAGGUGGUAUUCCUGAAGAGGAGUUGAUCAGGAAGUUUUUGGAUGGGAUGCGUUUGGAGAUUCGCAACAGGUGUAAUGUCGUCACUUACUACAGAUUGGGAGACUUGGUGGAGAAAGCAGCUGAACAGGAAGCAGGUUGGAUAGAGGAGCAGAAACUUCUCAAAUCAGUUCAGACCAAGUCUGGAAAGACUACAGAGUCUCAGAAGAAGACAUGGGACCAGCAAGAGACACUGAGUUGUGCUCGUUGUCAUCAUCAUCAUAAUGGAGAGUGCAUAAGGUGUCAUUCAUGUGGACGGACAGGUCACAUGUCGAGAAAUUGCCGGUUUAAACCAAUAAACUCAGAUUUUGAGAGGCAGGUUGUUGCACAAGACAAGUCAUCUAAGGAUUGCUAUGGUUGUGGUCAGCCAGGUCAUAUGUUGAGGGAUUGCCCGACGAGGGAACAUGCAGAAGAUUUAUCGCCGCCUAAGCGCUAAACCAUCGAUCAACGAUUUUAUGCUACACGACAUUAAGAGGGAGUGAGCCGUGAGCCAGUAUGCAUCUUUGUUAUUUGCAAUUUUUGUGGUUUAGUACGUUGACAUUCCUUGUGAAAGCUUGCUUGUUAAUUGGUAAACUCAUAUAUGGUCGUUUUUAGUUCAUGGUUUUUGCUACGACAAUUGAAAAAGGAACCGGAUGAGAGAACCGGAAAACUGAAUCAUGAUUUGAAUUCGAGGACGAAUUCCCAUUUAAGUGGGGAAGAAUUGUAACGACCCGGUUUUUAUAAACCAGAAUUAAAAUUCUGGUUAAUUAUUUAUUUGGGUUAAACAAGCUUAAAUCAUUAAUCAUCAAUGGUUUAGUAAACCGGGUAUACUUAUAUAUUAAUUAUAAGUAUUACUUUCUUCUUAAAACCUAAAAUAAAAAGAGAAGCAGCGCAGCCAUUCUUCAUCACCAGCAUCUCUGGCCAUCUCCACGUUCUUCUCUCUCUUAGCGGGUUCAACGAUCAUAAUUUACCUUCAUCUUCCUGGAGAGUUGUUCUGCAUAACACAUCUGAGACCAGUAUUGAGGAAAUUCGGGAAUGGAUUAUCAAAUCAUGGAAUUUUGAUGCCAAACUUUCGUGAACGAAUCCACAAACAGUCAACUUCAUCAACGUUUUCCCGUUUAUCCAGACUGACCUAGAAAACGAGCGAGAUACCAUUGGAAAGGUCUCGUUCUCAGCUUUCCGAAUCAUCUUUUAGAUCGUCAAACCGAGUUGACCGCAUCUUCCGUUGUUCAUCUCGGUCAGUGGCUAAGGUGAGACCGACGAGUAUGAGAUUGAUCGGACAACUGGUGUUUCUAGGCGUUUUCAUUUGUUUUAUUCUCAGACUUAUAUUUUAUUAUUUCUGGCGAUUAUUUCAGUACUUCAGUUACGGAGAUUUUAUGAUUAUUUAUUAUUAUUAUUUUUAUUAUUUAAUUUGGAGAAUGCGGGUGUGACAGAA